AUGGGGAAUGGAAAGUUUGGUGGCCAUUUCUACCCAGGGUUGUAUAUUUUCUUUUAUGGUCUAUAUCAGGCAACACUGGUCUCCAAGGCCAUGAUAGUCAGUGACUCUCCUGUAUAUGUUUCCUACCUUCCUAAGAAUAGAAAGAGAUGUUCCAAGCUGAAAAUAUCUUAUGGAGGCUGGCUGAAGAUAGUGACUGGCUCCCUCUUAACAUUUUAUGUGGUCUUCUGUCUUGAUGAUGGGAUGGUGUUGAUUAACAAAGAGAUGCCUCCAAGGUUUAUGUACCCCCAAGAGUGGCAGCACCUCACCAUGUUCAUCCUCCUCGCCCUUGAUGGUUGUGUAGACGUCAUGAGCAAGAAUGUGCUGAGGCAGAGGCUGGUGCUUCUAGAAAGAGGUGCCACCGUGCUGGGCAUCUACAUGCUCCUGCUGCUGCUGGUGUCUCACGUUCAGGUCUCCUCAAAGGUGGAGCUGCAGGUUCACUCUCUCCUCAUCUUGGUGGUGUUCCUGCUGAUGCUGGUGUUGACAGCACAGCUGUGGGCUCCUGAGAUGUUUCACCUUUGGAUGAUAGAGACCUUCUUGUUCCUGAUGAUGGGCUCAUGGCUGAUUCAGGCAGCCUUCAUUCUAUUUAGACCGGUCUCUGGCUUCCCGUGGAAAGAUGAUGACAUCAGUGACAUCAUGUUUGUCACCACCUUCUUCUGCUGGCAUGUGAUGAUCAACGCCUUAUGCUUGUUGGGAAUCUAUGGCAUCUCUUCCUUUUGGCACCGAUGUUACAGUCCCAGCUUGGGGCUGAUGGGGUCCAAGGAAGCUCUGUGUCACAAGAGCUCUUCAAGAACCUUCUACAAGCUGCUGCAGGAGGCAGAGCAUCAGGACAAAGAUGACCAGGCUCUUCUUACAAAGAGCUCUCCCUGUGACAAGGCCUAG